AUGUCAUGGAGGUUGCAAAUCAAAGACUUGAGUAUCAUGGUAUCGAAAAACUUGACCUGGAGUGUACACGUGGACGAGGCUAGUAAUAAAGCUCUAAGAAACAAUUACUGUGCCGAUGUUUACAUGUGGAUCAGACUCUUCAGAUCAUAUGUUCUUCCCAUUGUCGAAUACUGCAGCCCAAUUUGGAGCCCACAUCUGGUCAAAGACAUCCAAAAGAUUGAAAAAGUUCAGCAAACAUUUACUUGUAUCUUGUACUAA